CAGCUAGGAAUGUUUUGUGCACAAGAGGUUGGAAAUGUGACAAGCUUUGCAACUUCAAGGGCACCCUCAGACCAUACUAGUUCCUCUUUGUUUGUUAAGAGAGUGGCUCGAAAUGGUUCUCCCCCAUGGCGAGAAGAUGAUAAAGAUGGACAUUACAUAUUUGCGCUUGGCGAAAAUUUAACUUCUCGCUAUAAGAUUCACAGCAAGAUGGGCGAAGGCACCUUUGGCCAGGUCUUGGAAUGUUGGGACAGAGAAAGGAAGGAAAUGGUUGCCAUUAAAAUUGUUCGUGGUAUUAAGAAAUAUCGUGAAGCAGCUAUGAUAGAAGUUGAAGUAUUGCAACAGCUUGGGAAACAUGAUAAGGAUGGCAACCGUUGUGUGCAAAUAAGGAACUGGUUUGACUAUCGUAACCAUAUCUGUAUUGUGUUUGAGAAGCUUGGACCAAGCUUAUACAAAUUUCUACGGAAAAACAAUUAUCGCUCAUUUCCAAUUGAUCUUGUCCGUGAGAUUGGCAGACAACUGUUGGAAUGUGUAGCAUUUAUGCAUGAUUUGCAUCUGAUUCAUACGGAUUUGAAGCCUGAGAAUAUUCUUCUAGUGUCUUCAGAGCAUGUUAAAGUUCCAGAUUACAAGGGUUCCUCACGAUCGCCAAAGGAUGGUUCUUACUUCAAAAAAGUUCCAAAAUCAAGUGCCAUCAAGGUAAUUGAUUUUGGCAGCACAACUUAUGAUCGUCAAGAUCAGAGCUACAUUGUAUCAAUUCGACAUUAUCAGGCACCAGAAGUAAUUCUGGGGCUUGGGUGGAGUUAUCCUUGCGAUGUUUGGAGUGUUGGUUGCGUCUUAGUGGAGUUGUGCUCAGUUAUGUCAUUCCCAAAGGAUGUUUUGUGGUUCCAUUUCUUUCAGCAGUCCAUUUAGAUGAAAAUUUGUAUG